AUGAGUUUCUCAUCUAAGGUCGUCUUAGUGCUGGCUGAUUAUUACGCCAGCUUAUUCAGUGUGGCAUUACUGAUUGGCAUUAUCAGUGUAAUUUCUGCUAAGUUUAUCCCUGAACUGAACGGCUUGCUGAAAUAUGGUAAGACGUUGGAUGUCGGUUCUGUAACUAAAUGGAAAUGGUUAUACGUACCAAAAAGUUGGUUCUUGCAUUUUUACAUUCUAGAUUUUACGUGGGCACUUAUUGGACUGCUCCUUGUUGGAGUGAAUAGCUCCAGGUCAUCAAUUAUACUUAUAUUCAAUUUUCUCCAGUCACUAAGAAGAAUAUACGAGUGUGCAUAUGUAAGCAAGUUUGCAGAGUAUUCAAAGAUUCAUUUGUCACACUAUUUGGCUGGAAUUGUGUUCUAUACAAUUGCUAAUCUGCAGGUUAUUGUUCCCCAUAUUUUUACCAAUGUUCCUGGUGAUUCUGAAACUGUUGUUCCUCAGUGGAGUCUGUUCCUGGCCUCCUCCCUAUUCAUAAUGGGUACUAUAGACCAGUUUUUCAACCAUUGUCACUUGGCAAACUUGAAAAAGUACACCGCUCCAAGCUUCGGGUUAUUCAGAUACGUCGUAUGUGCCCAUUACUUCGAUGAGAUUUUAAUAUAUCUAGCGGAAUACGUGAUUUUACAGGAUUCCACGAGUUUUCUUAUUAUACUAUGGGUCAUUGUUAACUUGGGAGCAUCAGCAUGCGAGACUAGAAAAUUCUAUAUGGAAAAGAGGUCUAUAGUCGGCCCUUUCAUCAUGAUUCCACUGGUAUGGUAA